AUGGCGGAAGAACCUUCUAGUACUAGCAACAAUCCAGCGCCACCGCCUCGGAGAUUCGUUACGAGGGCGUUCUCUACUACCUUAAUCCGCAAGACUCAACCUUUGGCCUCAAAAACGGAUUUAGAAGUUAAAACUGGCACACCACCAGCUCAAAAGGAGGAGGCAAUAUACAAUGAUCCUGCAAUUAUUCAGUCAAACAAUCAUGGGGGCCCUAUAAGUGCAAUAUCAGUAUUAGCUGUCAGUGGAUCAUCGACAGAAUUCAACUUGCAUGGUGAACCCUUUGUGUCCAAUUCAAGAUCCUACCCGAGUGUAUUGUCUACGCAGCAUUCUGGAAAUCAGUUGGGGCAGUGGAGUUCUUCCCCGUCGCCACAUAAUGCUAUAUCAUCUUAUGACAGGCCAACACAUUGGCAAGGAUACGGGGGAGCACCUGGGGAUAUUCCUGUUGCUCACCCACAUUCCUCUUCAUCAACCACGACAUUAUAUCCCCUGCAGAAUCAGGAAUCCACAACCAUGACAGCAACAAAUUUAUCCAAUAAUUUUUCUCCAGGGCAUUCUUCUGCUACUUCUAGUUCUGUCUAUUUUAAUGCUACACCUAAUCUUUCUUCUGAGCAACUCUCUACACCUUUUACUGAUUCAACCUCCUCAAAGUUGCCUCUGCAGUUUCAUCAUUCUACACUAGUGAAUUCUAAUGGAUUGACCAUGCCUUUUCCAUUAAGCUACCAGAGUACAAGCAACAUUGGAGCUCCAACCGAUAACAGAAUUGAUCCUAAUGUCAUAUUGCCUCCAGCCCAGUCUUCCCCCCAUUUAUCUGUUUCAGUUCCAUUAUCAGAUCCACUGUUAAGACAACAACCACCGUUACUAACUCCAAACCAAUUAACACUGUCCAGACUAUCCGAACAUUGUCCUGAGAAUAGUUUGUCUCUGGAUCAGAAGCAUGUUGGUGAUAUGAGUUCAAUGUGUCUAAAAAUCCCAUUGUCAAUCUCCUCAUCAGCUGCUACUGAAGCAGUGCAACCACCUUUGUUGCCAUUGCCACCACCUUCGGAAAAGUUACAGUACUCUUCCCAACUUACUGAAGAAUUUGAUUUUCAAGCAAUGAAUGAGAAGUUUAAGAAGGAUGAGCUCUGGGGUUACCUUGGCAAAGCAAACCAGAGAGACAAAAUAGAUGGGGCACAAGAAAAUGGUACAAGUAGCCAGGAUGCCUGGGAUGAUAACAAUAGAUCAGUAUCUAAUGGUGAGCCCAAGGUUGCCUAUAACAAAGAUGAUUUCUUUGAUACCAUAUCUUGCAAUUCCACCAGCCGCGGUGCUAGGAAUGGACAGUAUCGAUCCUUUGAGAGAAUGAAAUUGGACUCUGAGACCUUCGGCAGUUUUCGACAGAGAACUCAAUUAGGCUAUGAAAAUGGAGCUAGACAUGGUGAGCACCGUGGCUCCUACAAUUGGGGGAGGGGGUCUUACUAUGGUAAUAGGGACCGUGGAUGUUUUGGGCAGAGAUUUCAAUGAUUGAUAGGCAUAUCCAGAAGUUGGUGGACCUGCCUGCUAAAUCAUCUUUCUAUCCAACCAUAUGUUUCUUCUAAACAAUGAACUCUAGUGAAGCAUCUUGGGACUAGUCUAAGGAGUUGCCACUGGAAUCUUUUUGGCAUGAGAUCAUGCUUGGUUAUGGCUGGUUCAUAUACAUUUUGGAUCUUGAACCUGCCUUUAAUGUUCUAGUUCUUAAGCACUAACAGACUGCUCCAAAUGUAGUCAGGCAACAAAUAGUCAUAUUUUUAUUAGUGUCUAUUUCUAGAUAAACUUUAGGUACCUACAUUUACAAAAUAAAUUAGCUUGCUUGAUCAGAUCUUUAUCUAAUGUCCUGCCCGUAUUAGUUAACUGUUGCUGCCUGCAACUUUUGUUUUCCUAUUUAGAGUUUUCACUCAUUUCUUUACAGAACUGGAGAAAGAACUCUUUCAUCGUUAAAGCAAAAUUUUUUAUUUACUAAUAUCAACUUUUGUAAUCAGUUAAAAUUUUUCCAUUUCAUGUUCUCGUUGCUGUUGUAAUUAUAAUUUGAUAGAGGUGCUAAUGAAAGAUGGACUUGAUACGUGCUUGGCUGAGUCAUCCCGCACCCAAAUCAUGAUGCAUUGGGUUGAAUGGCUAUAUAGAAUUCAAUUUGUUAUGACAAAAAAUGCAUCUAAAAUGAUGUUUUUUGGUGUAUACCUCUGCUUUUAUUUAUCAUUAUCUGGGGACAAUUAUUAUAUAUUACAAAGCUUAGGUUUUAGUUGCAAGUGGCCAGCCUAGCCUACUUUAUAUUCCCAGCCCUCAACUUCAAUUUUAUAAGAAAUAUCUCAUUUCCCUAUUAACACUUUUAUCUGAGCUGAAGUUGGAGCUCCUUCCAUUUCCUUAU